CGCCGGCCGAGCGAGCGGGGUGGGAGCCGGCGCCUGCAGCGGCGAUCGGCCCGGAGUCCCGCAGCCCCUGCAUCCCCUGCAUCCCCUGCAGCCCGCGUGGACCGAGCUGCCCCGCAGUCCCGGAUUCUAGAGUCCCUGUUGAGUCAGACAAUGGAUGAGCAACCGCAAGGGCCACCUGUUCCUCAGUUCCAGCCACAGAAGGCAUUACGACCGGAUAUGGGCUAUAAUACCUUAGCCAACUUCCGAAUAGAAAAGAAAAUUGGUCGUGGACAAUUUAGUGAAGUUUAUAGAGCAUCCUGUCUCUUGGAUGGAGUGCCAGUAGCUUUAAAAAAAGUACAGAUAUUUGAUUUAAUGGAUGCCAAAGCACGUGCUGACUGCAUCAAAGAAAUAGAUCUCCUUAAGCAACUCAAUCACCCAAAUGUUAUUAAAUAUUAUGCAUCGUUCAUCGAAGAUAACGAGCUGAACAUAGUUUUGGAAUUAGCAGAUGCUGGCGACCUCUCCAGAAUGAUAAAGCACUUUAAGAAACAAAAGAGGCUAAUUCCUGAAAGAACUGUUUGGAAAUACUUCGUCCAGCUGUGCAGUGCCUUGGAUCACAUGCAUUCCCGAAGAGUCAUGCACAGAGAUAUAAAACCGGCCAAUGUGUUCAUUACAGCCACUGGGGUGGUGAAACUUGGAGAUCUUGGACUUGGUCGAUUUUUCAGUUCAAAAACCACAGCUGCACAUUCUUUAGUGGGUACACCUUACUACAUGUCUCCAGAGCGAAUACAUGAAAAUGGAUACAACUUCAAAUCUGACAUCUGGUCUCUUGGCUGUCUGCUAUAUGAGAUGGCCGCCUUGCAGAGCCCUUUCUACGGUGACAAAAUGAACUUAUACUCUCUGUGUAAGAAGAUAGAGCAGUGUGACUACCCACCUCUCCCCUCAGAUCAUUACUCAGAGGAGCUACGACAGUUAGUUAAUAUAUGCAUCAACCCAGACCCGGAGAAGCGGCCAGACAUCGCCUAUGUUUAUGACGUAGCAAAGAGGAUGCAUGCAUGUACGGCGAGCAGCUAGACUGCAAAGUCAUGAAGAAGGCAACCAAAAUAACUUAAAAGUGUUUGCAAAUCAUACCUCCCUGGUUUUUUUUUUUGUUUUUUUUUUUUGGUCUGGGCGUUAAGAUCAAUACGUCAGAGUUAAUGUGCUUUGAAUCCUUAACCAGUUUCAUUUUCUGCCAGGCUCAAUCUCCUUGAAAAUCCACAACGACUUUGGCUAAACCACAUUUAAGAGUGCACACGUGUAGCUAGAGUUUAAGGUGUGAGCAUCAUCGUCAUUGGGAGUUUUCUGCUGAUGUGUUCAUAGAUUGUCGGUGCCAAAUGGUGAAGAAACGUGUUGGCACACACCAGGAGAGACACAGAACCUGAGGAGAGACCUAAGCUAAGCAUUUGACUUGAUUGCCUUUCAGUCACAUAUGGACAUUGCAGUGGACACAAUUGUGAACUUACGCAUUUUUUUUUUAAGGUUUGAAGUAUGUGCUUUAUUUAGCUCUUAGUUUCCAAAUACAACUCUUAUGAUGAAUGCAAACUAUUUUAAAAUUCUUAGUUUAUACUCAGAACGCAACUAUUAAAUGUGAACAGGUAGGGGAUGAAGUGAGUCAGACACUGAACGUUUUGUGUUUUCACACCUUAGGGAGACUCUUUUGCAUUUAAAUGGUAUAAAUGAGUCCAUUUUAAAAGUGGUUAAGGAUUUGUGUGGCUGGUGUGAUAGUCAUUUUUAAAGUUGCACAUUGCCCGAGGCUCUGUGUGUUUUUAUUGUACAUUUGGACAAUAUUCUUGGAAUAAUCAUGCAGUAACUAUAAUUCAAUUUCUUUAUGAAUCUAAGUACAUUUAACUCAUGACUGUACACUGUAAUGUAAGCAUAUGUUGUUGUUAUUCAUAGAUUCUUUUGAUCAAUCCCCUUCAGACUUUUUUUUUUAAUUCUUCAAGUUAUUUAUAUUGUGUGUACAUUUUAUCCACUAAUGUUUCAGGUUUUCUGAGAACAUAAUUAAUUCCCUUUUUAAAAGAAGACAUUUGGUAUGCCAACACUUUUUUUUUUUUUUUUUUUUAACUUUUGGGUCACUCUGUGUGCAUGUGUUCUUGUUAGGAAGAGAGAUGUGUGUUACAAUGUGCCUAUGAAUGUCGACAGUUCUGAGUCAUUCGACAAAGAUAAGAUUUUAGAAUAUGUAUGAUUUUAGAAUAUGUUUAAGGACAUGAAGACGCGCCCUUGAUGCAGACAGUUAUGAGAGUAACAUUUCCGUGUGGAUGCUCUUGGAGCAAACUACUGACUGCAUAAACGUGACAGACACGGCAAAGCUCCUUUCAGUUAAGAAAAUAGGGAGUCGUUUAGGAAACCCUGCCGCCGUGGAGGCGUGUGCUAUGCCAGAACCUCGGGGAAGGUUAACCCGCCAGUAUGGCAGCCUGUGUUCAGGGAGCACAUGCUCUUAGGCAGAGCCCUCCUAGUCUUGUUAGUCUUGUUUUCUCACAUAGCAUUGUUCCUAUAGUUACUUUCAAAUGAACAAUGUCUAUCCUCUCAUUUUAAUUGGCUACGGAUGCUAUCUUAAGGGUAAUGGUCUUUGCCAUGAAGCCAGAACUGAGUUUGUGCCAGAUCUUAGUGAGGACACAAACUCCCGUUGGACAUUUGUGUUUGUCCAUUGUAAUGUCCCAGGACUGAGUGAGAUGAAACAGUUGUUUCCGUAGUCUUUCAAAAUACAAGGUUGUAAGUUCAUUGGCUCAAACCCUUGUACUGGCCCUGCUUUAGGAAUUUGUCUCUGAACAGGAGAAUCUAAUGGUCACGGGUGCCCAUUAUAAUUUUCUACAAGAGGAAACUUUUUUUUUAAAAUCCAAGUGUUCAUAUUCCACCCAAAGAAGCCAUUCUGUAAAACUAAAUUCAGUGAGAUAUUAUUAUUUGCAAACAAUUACGGAAUUUUUAGAAAUUCUGAUCAUAAUCACCUGUAAAAUACUCUUUGGGAGUAAGUUGAAUAUUGGAAUUUUUAAGGUCAAGUAAAAGGUACAGCUGAUUCUAUUCCGUAUUUAAAUUGGUACCGGUUACCCAGGGGACAGUGGGAGGUAACUUUGGUUGGUAGGCUGAGAUGUGGGGUGAAUGAAGGGUAACCCAUCUGUAGAACUCAACAAUGUGCAAUGAUUAUAAACCUAGUGAUGCUACCAAGGCAUGAAUGAAUGCUCUACUGUUCUUCAGAGUAUCCAUUACAAAACACCUUUCUUGUAUCAAUAUAGUUCAGGUGUUGCUCUAAACCUUUCCUGUAUUUAUUAUAACCAAGAUGCUGUCAUUCACAUGAAAUGUUUAUUCUUUAAACUGAAUGUAUUGUUCAUAACCCAUACGUGCUCAUAUUCUUUGCCUCCGAUUUCCAUAGUACUGUAAUACGAACUCCUUUUGUGGAAUACUUUUUUGUUUUGUUAUGCUUUAAAUACACAUGCAAAGGGGUUCUGUUAUUAGCUUUAAAAAACUGUACAAUAUCUUAAUAUAAAUAUAUAAAAAUAAAAGAUGAAUACUGUAAA